UAAUGGUUUCCAUCCCUGAAUACUAUGAAGGAAAGAACAUCCUCCUGACAGGAGCUACAGGCUUCAUGGGAAAAGUGCUUCUGGAAAAGCUGCUCAGAUCUUGUCCUAAAGUGAAAGCAGUGUAUGUAUUGGUAAGACACAAAGCAGGGCAGACACCUGAAGCACGAAUAGAAGAGAUUACCAGCUGUAAGCUCUUCGACAGGUUGAGAGAUGAGCAACCAGACUUCAAAGCAAAAAUAAUAGUAAUUACGAGUGAACUUACGCAGCCUGAACUGGACCUUAGUGAACCAAUCAAGGAAAAACUUAUGGAAUGCAUUAAUAUUAUAUUUCAUUGUGCUGCCACAGUCAGAUUCAAUGAAACACUAAGAGAUGCUGUUCAGUUAAAUGUGGCUGCCACACAACAGCUCCUCUUCUUGGCACAGCGGAUGAAGAAUCUGGAAGUGUUCAUGCACGUUUCAACUGCCUAUGCAUAUUGCAAUCGAAAACACAUUGAGGAAAUAGUUUAUCCACCUCCUGUCGAUCCCAGGAAACUGAUAGAUUCUCUUGAGUGGAUGGAUGAUGGCCUAGUGAAUGAUAUUACUCCUAAACUGAUAGGCGACAGACCUAAUACUUACACGUAUACAAAAGCCUUAGCAGAAUACAUAGUACAACAAGAAGGUGCAAAAUUAAACACAGCCAUUAUAAGGCCAUCUAUUGUUGGUGCUAGCUGGAAGGAGCCUUUUCCUGGAUGGAUUGAUAACUUCAAUGGACCCAGUGGUCUCUUCAUUGCUGCAGGAAAAGGAAUUCUUCGAACAAUGAGAGCUUCCAACAGUGCAGUAGCAGAUCUUGUUCCAGUAGAUGUUGUUGUCAAUACGACACUGGCUGCAGCCUGGUAUUCUGGAGUUAAUAGACCAAGAAAUAUCAUGGUAUAUAACUGUACAACAGGUGGCACCAAUCCUUUCCACUGGGGUGAAGUUGGAUACCACGUUAAUUUGAAUUUCAAGAUAAAUCCAUUAGAAAGUGCAGUGAGGCACCCUAAUUUUAGUGUGCAAUCCAACCCCCUCUUGUGUCAAUAUUGGACUGCAGUCAGCCAUACCAUACCUGCAUUUUUGUAUGAUCUUUUGCUCAGAUUGACAGGUCAUAAACCGUGGAUGAUGAAAACAAUAACACGUCUUCAUAAGGCCAUGAUGUUAUUAGAAUACUUUACAAGCAAUUCUUGGAUCUGGAAUACUGAAAAUAUGACUAUGCUAAUGAACCAGCUAAACCCUGAAGACAGAAAGACAUUUAAUUUUGAUGUUCGACAACUACACUGGGCAGAAUACAUGGAAAAUUACUGCAUGGGAACGAAGAAAUAUGUGCUAAAUGAAGAAAUGUCUGGCCUUCCUGCAGCUAGGAAACACUUGAAUAAGUUAAGGAAUAUACGCUAUGGCUUCAAUACAGUUCUUGUGAUCCUGAUCUGGCGUAUCUUUAUUGCAAGAUCACAAAUGGCAAGAAAUAUCUGGUACUUUGUGGUUAGUCUGUGUUACAAGUUCCUCUCCUACUUCAGAGCCUCCAGUACUAUGCGAUACUGAAGAAGAUAAUUUAGCAUUAGGACAUCUAUGCAUACGGUGGUCUAACUGCACAAAGCCUGUAACAUGUAGUCAUCUCACAUUUUGUAAAAGCAUAAUUUCGUCUUAAAUUGGAGUGCGAAAUAUACAGUGUGGUAUAUGUAAUGUUAGUUGUGUAUCGUCCUGGAAACAGAGAAAACAAUGGUCAAGUGCCAGGUUGAAUUUGCAUUAGACAAGCAUUUAAGUAGCUUCAGCUCUUUGACCUGGGAAAACAUUUUAGACCACUGACCAACAGAACUGUGCAAUUUGGAACGUGUUUGAUUGAAAUCUGC